UAUCCUAAAGGCUCUAUAUAUAAUAACUAAAUCUGUGCUCCCUUCUAAUCCUCCCCCGACAGCCGCCGUCAGCUCCGCCGUGUGUUGUGAGAGUAUAUUUAAUUUUUAGCGAUGUUAGAAGGGAAAGCAAUCAUCGGAGAGACGGAUAUGUUGCAAGCCAUGCAGCAAGACGCUCUGAACCUUGCGGCUAAGGCACUUGACAGUUUCGAUGUCACUGAAGCCACUGACAUCGCCCGUUUCAUUAAAAAGGAAUUUGACAAGAUAUAUGGGGGAGGAUGGCAAUGCAUAGUGGGGACAGAUUUUGGAUCAUUUGUGACACAUUGUUUUGGGUGCUUCAUCUAUUUUUGUGUUGGAAGCCUUGCAAUUUUGCUCUUUAGGGGCUCUGCUGCCUCAGAAGAAGAACAACAACCUCAGCCAACUCAGUUUUCUGUUAUGGAGACUCUCAAAGCAUGAUUAAUAUCAUCCAUUCUCUUUCUCUAUCAUAUAUAUAUAUAUAUAUAUAUAUAUAUACACGCAAAUUAACUACCUAUAAAGAUACGUUUCUAAGUGAUUUUGAAGCCGUUAAAUCACUUUGUUAUGUUUGAGACCAUUACUUCGAAUCAUACGCUUCAUCCUUCAAAAUCAA